AUGGCCCGUACUCGUUUCCUUAACAGAAAUAAGAAACAUAUGAAGAAAAAGCAGAACAAAUUUCUCGGCCUCAAUGGAAAGAUUGGAGCCUCGCCAGCUGACUUGCCGUUAUCUGCCGAGGAGCAGUCUCUUAUGGAUUCCUUCAAGCUGUCCUUUCCGCCUAGUACUAGACGUGAAAUUGUUCAUGAUGUUGACAACGUCAUGGAGGUGUUACAUACCAUCAAAGCUCUCAUGGAUGGCAAGAGCUUAAGCGAGAUAGUAAAGACAACUUCACGGUUGGAUUGGUUGCUCUCUACCACAAAAAUUGGCUAUCAUCUUUCCCUGAUCUUACGUGAAAUGAAUGGCAAUACGGCAGCAGAGCAAGAUACUGCGUUUCAAAGGUUUUCUCUUGAUACCGGAGUUAGUGAAGCGAGCUUUCCCUUGCUUGAGGGCUCCUCAAAUGUUGGCGGUGUUCGCAAUGCAGAGAUACUUGCGCCCGAUGAAGCUCAGAUGAAGCCCUGCGAAGUUGGAGAUGCUUGCGGAAGUCUCAUUAAUUCGGAGCCGUCCGGCAUUGCUUCUUCUGGUGUCCAAGCAAACUUCCCUGGUUCUUUUGAGCGAAAAGCAGGUAGUAUCACUCUUUAUGCCAGCCACUCAGCAAAGGCUAUUGAGAAAAUCUCCUCGAUUACUCAAGUCGCUUUCGAGAAUAAUUUUGAGAUUGCAAAAGGCAUACUGAAGCAAAAGCUAACACAGAUUGAAGAAUCCUUAGACGAGUGCAUGCAACUGCUUGUUAAGCACAUGAUGGAAGUCGAAGAGCUUGAUAAAUCAAAUGAAACUAAACAACUUGCACUUGCUUCAAAGAUGUUGAAAGAUCUUGGGACGGCAUUACUGAUUAAAGAGUAUUUAUUUCUGGGGCCAUCUUUGGAGCAAACUUGUUGUGGAUCUGAGCUGACCUCUGAGAGUUUAAACCAAAAUCAUCUUCUAGAGGGGCUGACACAUUUGACAUUGCCUUCCUAUAAUUUUUUGUCCAUUUCUGGCUUAUUUGAUGACACGGUUCAUCUUCAUUUGGCACCCACGUCCAAGUGGGUAGUUUUGGCCUUUCAUAAUUAUCAUGAAGUUUGCUCAAAAGUGGAAUGCAAUUCUAAGGUACAAGGUUUAAUCGAUGUGUAUGUGGAUCGUGCAUCCUGUGUAUCUCUUUUACAAAAAACACAAAACAACUCCUGGAUUUAUACUCCUUCUGCUAAAGGAUGGGAUGGUAUCUUGGAUUCCCUUACUGGAACUUCAUUCUGGCCGGUUGUAUGGCUUGCUUCUUCAGCUUUUCAGAGGAGACGAAGGACAGCACGGGAAGUCUACGAGGCAGAACCAUAUUUUGAAUGGAUUACGAGAGCAAACUCUCAGAUCAGGUUGUACGCCAAGAUUGUCUUCACGCUAGCAAUACUAGUCGGAGGGAGUGCUUGUGCCAUCACCGUAUUCGACUUUCUUUUCAAUUCGAUGAGGUUCUUGUACUAUGUGACAGCAAAAUCAGUAUUACGGUCGCAAUUUAGAUUGAGAUAUGGGCUACUUUCUGAGACUUCUGGCGACCAUAAGAGAUAUAAAGAAAAAAUAAGUGUGAUUGAAGGAUACACUAGUCGUACCUUCCUCAACUUUCUAAGAAUCCUUCAAGAUGCCUUAUUUUACAGUGGCAUUCCGGGUCGGGAAGUAGAGAGAUUUACAGCACAGGCAGGUCAUCUCCUCUGCGGCCUUCAGGAUACCAUAAAGAGUUCUCUUUUUCAGAAUACGAUUCAAUCCACUCGCCAGCUCAUUGAGGAUGUCCUUCGUAAUGGCGAAAUGUCGAUUCUUAGGCGAAAGGUAAUGAAAUUUUAUCAAUCUCUUGAAGGCGAGCAAAGAGAGCUCAUUGCUCAGCUGACGGAAGCAUUACUUAUGGUGAUGACAGAGAGAAUCAGGCUUGAAAAAUUCAAUAACACUAAUCAUUUCAGCACUCGUGAGCAUUUAAAGAGAGCUUGUUUGAUUUGUGUGAUCUCGGUACUAUUUUGA